AAGCAUGCCCACCGACCGGUUCCACAAGUUCCUCGAAGCGCGGCAGCUCGUGCUGCACUCGGCGUCAUGCGUCGGCGUCUUGGCAUCGCCGCACCUGAGCCUCCGCGCGUACAAGGCCCGCAACGCGGCGCCGUCGCUCUGGAAAAGCAUGAGCCGCGCCGCCACGGGCGCGACCGUCGACCGCUUCCGAUCGAUCCUCGGCGCCAGCGACGGCGACGACAUGUGCGCCGCGAGCCUUCUGGACGCGCGCCUCGACGUGCCGAUUGCGAUCCAUGCGGACGCACCGGAUGUGGCCGAGAGCUACACGCGUGCAACGCGCGGCCUCAAGCCGGUGGCCUUUCCGCCCAUGACGGACGCGCUGCCGCACGCGCUGGCCCACCGCCGAGCGUACGACGAGCACAUCGAGGCGCUGCGCUGCGAGAUCGACGCCGCCGCCGGCUUCCACGAGAUCGCCGACCGUCCCGUAGUGUAGCCAGCCUGGAGUGCGAAUGUGAAUGAAGAAGAAUGCUAGCGCAACUCGCACACGGUGGUGCGGAGGAGG